AUGGCUAGAUUUAUUGGAUUGGAAAAAAUACAUGAAAAAGGUGAACAACCAACCAACGAAAUUAUAGUAACUCACCCUAAUAUGGGUAGAUUAAACGACAUCAGUUCCUAUAAUCCAUGGACGACUUUUAACACAAAAACAAAACCCACGACCAAACCAGCCGCUAGCAAACGAAUAGCGGCCGUACACAAAGAUCAUGGCUCGUCACCUUCAUCUCCCGACAAGAAGCAGUCCCAGUCUCUAGCAAAUCACCAAACUAGAAGUAGAACAAAAUCUCCAUCAACAAAUAUAGCCUCGUCUAUAAUUAACGAACACAUCAUCGACGACGCAGACCAUGACAACCAAAGUCUAAACGACAGAAAAAACAGUAAAUAA